UGUCUGGGUGUGGAAGGUUGGAACUUGUAAUGCUAGCUUUCCAUACCUAGAAAAUCUGUAUGGCAUAACCAACAAAAGUCGCAGCCUCUUUUGUACAUGCAAAAACGCAACUUCUCAUGCGGAUUGCCUAUGAGAAAGCGUUCCGGAAAAUUGUCAUGCUGGGUUGCUGCAUUCGGAACUGUCUGCAUCAUCCACAUUUUAGCAUCACAAGUUUCCAGACCCAGACAUUUUUGAAAUGCAUACGAGAUAUCUGCGGACUUUGCGAAAAACAAGUUGCGACUGCACGAAAUCUAUCAACUGCAAAUCUCACUGGACGUCUGCAAGAUAAUUGCUAGGCCACUUGUCAUGCAGGUUUUCCAUGACCCAUCAAAUCUGGAAUGCGGGACCUAGCAUGACAGACUCUGUGAGGUCUCUGUCAUGGCUAAUAUCCUGCAUGAGAAAUCCCCUCCAAACUUGGUCGAAAGUGGACAGCUUUUGCCAUUCCUGCAACACAGAUUUUUCUUUUUGCAUGAUUCGGAAGGAUUUAGCAUGAAGACAAGUAGUUCCAAUCUUCCAGACCCAGCCAUAUUUGCAAUGCAUAAAAUCGCGC